UUGAAAAAAAUUAGCAAAUUGUAAACAAAACCAUAGAAAAAUGAUUUUUAAAAAUUUCUUUAUUAUUGCGAUUAUAAUUUCAUUUGGUGCUUUUUUGUAUGGUAUACGCCACAUAUUUGUUGAAGUUGAGGAAAAUGCUUGUCGCAUGACAUAUAUGUUUGGAGUUCCGCAAUUUUCGAAAGUCAUUUUUGACGAUAAUAAGGAGUUUUAUCAUUAUGGAUUAUACUAUUACUAUGAAGGCAGACUCCAGAAAGAUGUCAAUAACUUAGUUUUGAAUGGAGCACCAGUAAUAUUUGUACCGGGAAAUGCCGGUUCUUAUAAACAAGUACGUUCUCUGGCUUCGGUGGCAUUAAGAAAGGGAAUGGAUAAUGAGCGAGGCAUACAUUUGGAUUACUUUACUAUUAAUUAUGAAGAACAGCUUUCCGGAUUAUAUGGUGGUUAUUUAGAAAAUCAAAAACAAUUUCUUCGUCUUUCUAUUUUGGCUGUACAAAAUUUGUACAAGAAAUCAUCAAAUAUUGAAAAACAUGUAAUCCUCAUUGGCCAUUCAAUGGGCGGAAAGGUUGCACAAUCAGUGCUCGAAGAACCAGACAUAGCUCCAUAUAUUAACACAAUUAUUUUCAUUUCUACGCCGCUUGACAAUCCAGUAGUAGAUUUCGAUUCGAAAUUAAAUGAGUUUUAUGCCUUCAGUGAUCGUUACUUGUCUAAUAAAAGAGUUUCGUAUGUGCCAAACACAGACACAAAUGUAUGUUCUAAUUACAAUCAUCGCAUUCCGCUAAAUAAUAAUGAAUCGAAGCUUUUGGAUAAUGUUUUAAUGAUAUCUAUAGGAGGUGGCAACCGAGACCUUUUGGUGCGUGAUGCUUUAACUACAUCCAAAUACAGUGAUAUCCAUGCAAUGACAUCGUCAAUACCAAAAGUUUGGUUAAGCUGUGAUCAUUUGUCAGCCGUUUGGUGUCUUCAAUUAGUGAUGGUAGUAAAUCGUUUCAUAUUCGGCAUAACAAAUAUUGACAAAAGGAAUAAUGUCUUCUUUGUUGACGACAAAUCGCAUCGUACUCAAAGCGCUAUUAACUAUUUUGUGAAACCUCUAAAUAAAUAUAAAUCAAAUGAAGUUUCUUUUCCAAAAUCUACUAUUGAAGCUACAUGGCAUGAGGACUCAAAAAUUGUUUAUAGGAAGUUAUUUAAAAACGGCCUACGUACUGGAUACAAUCAUAUGUUGCCAAUUUCAAAAUAUAAAUACUACAAGAAACUCUUCAUUGAAAUUAAUAGUUACGAUGAAAUAUAUGAUUGGAUUUACGGUUGUACAGCAACGAAUUUUACCAAUAGCAACAGUAUUAAAUGUGAUAAAGGAUCAUCACUCUCUCAUAACAUUCAAAAUAUAGCGUCGCAUGAUAAUGUUCGUUCAAUGGUGUUAAUUGAUUUGCAACAUUUAAAUAAAUUCUAUCCACUAUGGACUCAUGUUAUGGUACGAUUGCUGCCAACAAAUAAACCGAUAACAUUUAAUAUAGAUGUUUACAACAAAAAAGAAAGAACAUUUACUAUUAAAGCUCCGCGUUGGUUUUCUUUUGAUCAAAAAACCAUAAUUAAUGAAAGCGUCUAUGGUAACCUCCAUUACGAAGUAUUCAUUGAAGGUUUAGAUGAACCUUUUCCAACAUUACAAUUCCAUAUUGAGACGUUUGGUUGUGGAGACAAGGCUUUUAAGGUGACGGCGAAACUAUGUAUACCUUGGGCACGUGGCUAUGAAAGAUAUAGCCAUAUAACACAAUUAUCUAAAGAUAAAAGUAUAUACGUUAAUGUACCCAUGUCAGCGCCGAAUCAUUACAAUACUUCACGAAAUCCAGUGUCUUUCGAAUUGUUUUUGGAUCCCGUAUGUCGUUAUAAAAUAAGUUAUACAUUUUCAAUUGCUGGAACUAUGUCUAAAAUUGUUCAAGAAUUCUAUCACUGGAUUCCCGCUCAUCUAACUGCAGUUCUGUUCGUUGUACUAAGAAAUCAAAUUGUUAAAUUUCAAAGUGCAGAAAAUACAUUGUUCGUAAAACCAUAUGCAGGAUUUUUUCAAUGUAAAUCACUUUACAUUAUAACAGGUUGUCGAAUAAUUAAAAAAUUAUUGUUACCAGUUAAAUUCCUACCAACAAUUGAUAAAGCGGAAUAUUCAUUUUAUGUAUCCAUAAUAAUACAUAGCACUGCUAUAGUGGCAUCAAUUAUUUUAGUUUUCAUAAUUUGGACAAUUUUAACAUUUCAUGGAAAUAUUCUUCUGAAAAUUGCUCUCAGAAUAACAAGAAUAUCGGUGGCAUCUUCAAAUGUUUUGGUCCAAAUUAUAUCAACUUUACCUUUGACAUUUGGAGUCUUAUUUAUAUCUAUAGCAUUUGCAACAUGUAGUGGCAUCGCUCUUGUACUGGCUUCAAUAUUUUAUUUCAUUUUGUUGUCCAAUGCAUAUAAGGAUUACUUGGAAAAUUGGGCAUGGGAAAAAGCAACCGGGCUCUUUAGAAAAUUACAAACUAGCAGAAAUGACGAUGCACAGUUAAAUUCAGACGGAAGUCCUGUUCCAACUGGAGACGCAGAAAAUCGUGAAAGUGCGGAGUCCAAUGGAUACUUCCAAGGUCUAGAAAAUUUCCCAUUUCACAUAACAAUGCUAUUAUUACUUGUGAUAAUGUCGUCACUAAAUGUUGGUCUUUCAAUUGCAUGGAUAAAGUCGCAUUAUUUGAGACAUAUUGGUGAAAAACUUCCGGAUCCAUUUUUGUUACCCACAAUAGUUGUGCUUUCCUGUCUAAGCAUUUUAUUGCAAUUCAAUGCUCCACAUAAAUCUUCUGGUUAUCGUGUUGUUGCAAUUGUGCUGUACUUUUGUGCCUGUUUGUGCAUUACCUAUUGCCAAGAGAACAUAUAUCGUUUGAAUUAUUUGAUUGCAUUUGUUUACGUCAUUGUUUUGCUGCAGGAAAUAAUGCGGCGUUUAUUGCACUUGUUUGGAAUCCAAUUCUGAAUUUUAAUGUAUUGAGAAAAUGUCUAGUCUUUAUAUAUUUUUUUUUUUUUUAGUAAAUAAAUUGUAAUUUUGUUGAAUUUA